AUGGCCGCGGUAUCAAGUCUCCCUUUUGCUCUCCGGGGCUCCUCCAGAGUCCUAUCUAGAUCGCGGAAGCCGCUCCUCCACCGCAUCCCCGCAAUUCGGCCGCUGUCAACCAAGCAUCCGAAAGGCUUCGUUGCACCGACGGAGGAUGAGUUGCAAGAGCUCCGGGAACGAGUUCAAGAGUUUACCAGGCGUGAGAUUCCCGAAGAUGUUGCGACUCGGACAGACGCAGAGAAUGAAUUUCCGGCAGAGAUGUGGAAGAAAUUGGGUAAUGCUGGAUUCCUAGGAGUAACCGCAAACGAAGAAUAUGGCGGACUCGGGAUGGGCUACCAGGCUCACUGCGUGGUGAUGGAAGAGAUUAGCAGAGCAUCAGGAAGCAUUGCCCUAUCCUACGCCGCCCACUCCCAACUCUGCGUGAACCAACUAUCUUUAAACGGAACUACCGAACAGAAAGAACGAUAUCUACCUGGUCUCCUUUCAGGCGAGAAGGUCGGUGCGCUUGCCAUGUCUGAGCACUCAGCUGGUUCCGAUGUUGUCAGUAUGAAAACGUCUGCAAAAGAAGUUGAUGGUGGCUGGGUGUUGAAUGGCACCAAGAUGUGGAUUACCAAUGGUCCCGAUGCGGACUAUGUCGUCGUAUACGCUAAGACAGAGCCGGAAAAAGGAUCGAAAGGCAUUACCGCGUUCGUGGUAGAAACGACUUCCGAGGGAUUCUCAUGCGCGCAGAAGCUUGAUAAGUUGGGUAUGCGUGGCUCCAACACAGGAGAGCUCGUCUUUGACAACGUCUUCGUGCCCAAAGAGAACAUCUUGGGUGAGAUCAACCGGGGCGUCAAGGUGCUGAUGGAGGGCCUUGACCUUGAGCGUCUCGUCUUGAGCGCCGGACCUUUGGGUAUCAUGCAAGCAUCCCUUGACCUCGUCCUCCCCUAUACCCACCAACGCAAGCAAUUCGGAUCCCCCAUCGCACACAACCAGCUUAUCCAGGGUAAACUGGCAGACAUGUACACCAAGCUCUCUGCAUCGCACGCAUACACAUACACCACAGCACGACAGAUCGACAACAGUGCUUCGUCUCCAGAAUUCAAAAUCCGAACCCAGGACUGCGCGGGUGCUAUUCUGUACGCUGCAGAGAGAGCUACGGAAUGUGCCCUGGAUGCUAUUCAACUCAUGGGUGGCACUGGUUAUAUCAAUGAAGUUCCUGCUGGAAGAUUGCUUCGGGAUGCGAAGUUAUAUGAGAUCGGUGCUGGGACGAGUGAGAUUAGGCGUAUGGUUAUUGGGCGUGCAUUCCAUAGAGAAUACUCCUAG